UCUGUCUUACAAUAUGAACCAAACGACUAUCUACAAAACCACUCAGAUGCAACAACAAGUUUCCCAACUCGAAAAAACAAUCGAAUCACAGACUCAAAUACGUAAUGGAUUGAUGCAUUUAUUAGCACCCUCUUUUGCCUAAAGUGAUAGUAAUGAGAUCAACAGUAAAGUUCUUGAAGCAGCUCAAUAAGGUAAAAAAAAAACAAGCUACGUCUUUAGAAUAUGUAUAAACAUUUGUUUUUGGAAAAUGCAGCAAGAGAAGGCGGUAUUGCCCACUCUCUUCAUCUAAAAUUGAUGGGCUUCCGAGACAUUCCUAGAGUACUUGAGGAAGCAACAAAAGCAUUCGGCUCUCAUGGAAAACAUAGAUAUGUUACGCCACGGUUGCGUUUGCUUGCCCUGAUCAACUUAUUCAAGAAAGAAAGAAAUAUCACUGAUCUUUUAAUUGAUGAUAAAGUAAAUGAGAAUGACUACAGGAUCCUCAGAACAAUUGCAAAUAAUACCCACGAUGAAAUGGAGUUAGAGUUGCUGAAAGCUUUAAAGAAGAAUGACAAAGCAGCUGUGUUGCCUUUAUGGUCUGAAGUGUCUUCUGCUCUAAUCGCAAAAUACACAUUUAAGCUUGAAAGCAAUGCAGCUACUCAUGGCUUUCAUCUUCAAAGAUGUCAGCAUUCCUGGGCAGCCGGUCUAUUGCUCUUCAAAACACACAAGCACAGAAGUAAUAGAACAAGAAAUAAGGCUUCUGUUGUUGAAAGAGAGAAUAACUCAAGGAUCAGGUAUAAUAAACGCAAAACAUGCAUUCAUUGAAAUUUUAAAAUGCCUAACAAGAAUUAAAACUAUACAGUGAAAACCAAGUUAGUGUUGAAUCUCUUCAAAGUGAAAAGCCGUCUUUGGAGUACGCAAACCUAUAUUGUGGUGAUGAAUUUGAGGAUUCUGAAGAAGACAUUUUUUUCGGAAUGGAAAACAACUGUUGUCCUUGUUCUCCUUCUCUACCUCUUCCCUCUUCUCAACCUAAGAAAAGGGCAAACGCAAUGAAGACAAAAGCCAAUCAGCCAAGUCUAAUCGUACAAGAAGAAGUAACAAAAAAUAGUCACGACCUUAAAU